GCGUGUCUCAAACAUAACACAGCAAGCGUCGCCGGUCUGUCAGUGUCAUGCCACCUCCGCUUGCUCUGAGGUUUUUCCGGGAACGCGCAUCGUUCCCAGAGCCAAGAAAAGUUGAUGCGACAUCGAACCAUUCCACCAGCACGCUCAAGAAAUUGAAAGUCGAGGGCAUGGUGGACGUUCCAGUAUUCGCGUUCAAGGAAGCGGAUAGAUUCGAUCGAUACAUCGAGGUCCUUGAGAACCGCCUAAGGGAAGACGACAUGCGACUCCGCCUUAGAGGUUAUCCCAACGCAUCAGACAACGAAGUUGAAGCCGCGUUUGCGAGACAAUUCGGACCUAUGAGUGAAUACGAUGUCAUAUCCGAUCCGUUCAUUGCCGUUCAUUCUGAAGGCGACUUGAUGAAUUGCUGGCGCAAUGGGCCGGUGAAAGCUGUGAGGUUCUCGGGAUACCAUUUGUUCGGUAUAGAUAUUAGGACCUACGAUCAACCUCCCCUGCCGAGGAGGGAAAGGUUGAAGAAUAAGGCGAAGACGGACUUCGCCACGAAAGUUGGUCCGAUUAUCCUGCACAUUACGGAAGGGAAGGCCAUCGGUGUCCUGAAUCUUGCUGCAUCGACUCUCGACUACGAACCGAGCUUCACGAUCGACUUGGAAAACAAUUCGACGAUCGGUCGGGCCGUUAUUAACAACUUAAUAUGGUACAUGCUCAAGUAUGGUGCCUGGAUCGCAGUCUUGUCGGACUAUUUCCGCACUUAUAUCUUCGAGUUGCAUAUACACGAAGAUAAACGUUACAUCUCGUAUGCGGGUCCCGAGGCUAUCAAUGGGACCAAGGUCUUCCGGGCAUUGUUGGGCAUAGCUUUGGCCAGAGCCAACAUCAUUCCACGUCCUACUGCCCCCGAUAUCGAGAAGCAGAUACGUUUGCAUAAGAACAGGCUGCGUCGGACCAAUACCGAGGUUUUCGAUGCAGAGCAGACGCAAACGCAGGGUCUCAGCCAGGAAGGCAGCGUUGUUAUAACUACGCACUACGACAUGAAUUUAGACGAGUGGAUUGGUAUAGACGACUUCGGCGAGCAAAAUCUCUGGGAAGGCGAAAACGAAGCCAAAGAGGAAGAUGAAGAGGAAGAUGAAGACGUGGAGGGAAUGGAUACCGGGGGGAAGAAGGACGAUGGAAAUGGAAAGGACGAUGGACACGGCAGCGGAAACAGGCACGGCAGCGGAAGUGGCCAGGGAGGUGGCAGUGAUGGUGGUUCGGGAUCGGCUCCAAGUAGGAAGCGUAGCCGCAAACGCGAUGAAGAUACCAAUCCGAGGAAUAAACGAGGCCCCGGAAGUGCUUACUCCGAUGCAGGCAGUACUCAGACGUCUGGGCGCGAGGAUGCUACCUCAAUACUCGGUGUGGGAAGGCCUCUGGUGAACAAGACUCUGCACGGUGGUUCGUUUGGGGAGCGUUCCGCCAACAAGACCAAUAAACUUGCGAGGCAUUUGUCCAAACGACUCUCGAUCAAGGCAAAUCAGCAUCCGCAGAACAGUUUGGUCGUGACGGUUGCCAAUCUACCAUGCUUCGAUAACGAUUUCUAUCGCAGCGCAGACCUAGAGCGCUAUCAGGAGAGGCAGAGUUUCCCGUCACUACCGACAUUCGAUGCAGUGCCUGCGUUACAAGUAACGGAACUUGCAGGAAGUGGAGGCACGGGCAUCACCUACAAAGCAACGCUCGCGAAUUCUUUUGAUAGGACCCGGACCGAAUUUGCUAUCAAGGUGGUGGAUGCCGAUUUGCGAGACUCGGAGGAAUACGAGAACUGCUGUGACGAAUUGAGGGCCGAGUACGUGAACUAUUGCGUGUUGCAGAAGGUCGCGCAACGCGAAAAUUACGCGAGUAUAAUUGCUCGUCAUGUCCCAAAAUGCUACGGAUUGUAUCAGGUCUCGGGUG